GGAGAAGCGCGCCCCCGAGCGUACACAAACUCAGUUUGCUCAGUUGUCAUCUUGAACAUGUUACGGGAAUUACAAACGACAUGCAAUGCCCUUUUUCCUCACGGUGAGGAAUGAAAAAUCGUGAAAACAAUUCGGUUUCUUGCACGGACUAUAAAAUGACGAACUUUCGGCUGCUUUUAAAGGAAGCGAGCUUAUUGGGUUCCGGUGACGAACUGCUUUUUCGCUGUCAGGAAACUCACGGAACUAAAGAUUCAUUCUAGCAUCUGCUGUUUAUCGCCAUCAACAUCACGAGAAUGCUCGGACUAAUGUCGCCUAAAAAUACCGUUUGCCGCUUAAUAUCAACAAAAGCUCUUGAACGGCCCUCGGGGAGCGCAUUUCUCGCACUUUCUCCGAGUUUUAACUUUCGCUGAGUUUAACCGUCAUCAACGGAAAGGGGAAUUCACUCUCGAAGUUCAAGUAGCCGCUGACUGUAACGCACUCGGCUCUUUGUCCAGAUCUUCGACAGUGCGAUCCCUGUGCGGCUAUCCUGUUUUUUCUGCAUUAACUUUGUCUAAAGUGGACACACGGCGGCUGCUUUCAGAGUCACAUGCCUUCAUUCAUAAUCGUUUGUCGCAUAAUAAUGCGGAGAUUGUCUAACAAUCGGACUGAGGACAUUUUUCUUGUUUGUUUGGCUGUAUAAAGUUGUCACGCACAGGAUUCAUAAACAUAUACGGAUUGUCGCAUCGCCUUGCACUAGAAAUGUGCAAACUAUUCGUGCAGUGAACUGGUCAGACGAAUCGACGGAGGAAAAAUAUGCAAACCUAGCAGGAAAAGAAGCCAUCAGAAUCACGGAAAUCCUUUCUUUUCCUCCAUUCUGCUAUUACGUAUGGAUUACUUGAUAUCGAAGCAACUCACUUAAUUAUGUACAGUUAGCAUUAUUAUAAAGACAUUUUUUCUUUUGGACCUGAAGCUUUUUGUUCGGAUUUGUUUUGAACUUUGUGCAGUAGUUACGCUGUUUACACAAAGACAUGUUGCUUCAUGAAACGUCCGUGUUUCGUUCGUAAUGCUACUCUUUUCUCUCUCUGGGUUAACUGAAGGUUUUAUAUUUUUGUGUAUUUAAGUGGUCUUUACUCUCGACUGAGCUGAGGAAUUGGUUUUUUGGCUGAUAUGGGAGACCCUCAGGGGUCUGCGCGCCUUGGAGCGCGUUAGCAAUGGUAGCGGCCUGGAAAUCUGUGGACAGUCAAAUUGCAUUGACGGUAUCUACAGCGAUUGGCUACACGAUACACCUCGAGUAUUUGGAGGACAGGACACAAGGUGGAUUUCAACCCCUGCCUCAGGCCAUUGAUGGGUGAUGCUAGAGGAAAGUGUGUGUAAGGAUCUUCAAAUCUGAACAAAAUAACACACAUCCAUACUGGCAAAAUGAAUGAGAGACAGGCUCUUCAUUCAAUCAUGAAGGAUCUGGUGGCCCUGCAGAUGACCAGGCGCCAGCCGACGACAACUUAUGACACGGCAAAAACUAAACCUGUCAUCCCUGCCAGCUCUUCCAACAGAAUGGAGGAUGUCAGGAUUAAGUUUGAGUUCUGUGGUGAAAGAAGGAUUCUGAUGUUUGGGCGGCCUGUGCAGUUUGAGGAAGUCCAGCAGAAAGUCAAAACAUUCUUCGGUCAGCAGUUAGACCUGCAUUAUAUGAAUAAUGAGCUGUCCAUCCCCCUGCGUCAUCAGGAUGAUUUGGAUAAAGCCAUUGAUCUGCUGGACCGCAGCUCAAACAUGAAGAGCAUCAAGAUCAUGCUGCUGACACAGGAACAAAGCAAUGCGUCAUCUUCAUCACAUCACACAGUGUGUAAGCAGGUUCGCAUCAAAACCUCUCAGUCCACUGGUGAUGUCAGCACUGCAUAUCAGUCAUCAGAACCCAGAGGACGCCACCACUCCACCAGUUCUCAGAACACUGGCCGAAGUUCACCACCUCCUGGUUAUGUUCCUGAGCGCCAGCAGCGAAUCGCACGUCAGGGCUCUUACACCAGCAUCAACAGCGAAGGGGAGUUCAUACCUGAAACCAGCGACCAGUGUGUGCUGGAUCCUUGGAGCAGUGCAGAAAACUCAGUGUCCGGCAGCUGUCAGUCACUGGACAGCAACUCUGACAGCCCCUCUCUCAGGAAAUCUCGAACACACAGGAUUAAGAGUUAUCCUGACAACAGACAGGACUGUUCAGACCGGGAAAACCAUGUUUAUGAUAAGAUUGUGGGCAAAGGAGGGACGUACCCUCGCAGGUAUCAUGUGUCGAUGCAUCAUAAAGAUCACAGCGAAGGUCGACGGACAUUUCCACGGAUACGUCGCCCUCAAGGAAAUUUGUUCACGUUGGUGCCAUCACGGCGAUCUCUGAACGGCAGCGAGGAGAGUUUGGGCAGCUGGCAGCUGGUGGAUACUCAAUCCAGACUCCGUCCACAGGACCGCCCAGUCCCUCAUAAGUCCCCUACAGCUCCAGUGACGUGGCGCAGGGGGAAGUUGCUAGGUCAGGGUGCUUUUGGAAGGGUUUAUCUGUGCUAUGAUGUGGACACGGGCAGAGAACUUGCAGCAAAACAGGUUCAUUUUGACCCUGCCAGCCCAGAGACCAGCAAGGAGGUGAGUGCUUUAGAGUGUGAGAUACAGCUGUUGAAAAACCUGCAUCACGAACGAAUCGUCCAGUACUACGGCUGCCUUAGAGACCACAAUGAGAAGACGCUUACCAUUUUCAUGGAGUAUAUGCCUGGGGGUUCAGUCAAAGACCAGCUGAAGGCUUAUGGGGCUUUGACGGAGAAUGUGACACGCAAAUAUACCAGACAGAUUCUGGAAGGCAUGUCCUACCUGCACAGCAACAUGAUCGUCCACAGGGACAUCAAAGGUGCCAACAUCCUGCGAGAUUCAGCUGGCAAUGUGAAGCUGGGAGAUUUUGGUGCCAGUAAGCGUCUUCAGACCAUCUGUAUGUCCAGCACUGGGGUUCGUUCUGUUACCGGAACGCCAUAUUGGAUGAGCCCUGAGGUCAUUAGUGGAGAGGGGUACGGCCGGAAGGCGGAUGUUUGGAGUCUGGGCUGCACUGUGGUGGAGAUGUUGACAGAAAAGCCCCCGUGGGCUGAAUUCGAGGCCAUGGCUGCCAUAUUUAAGAUCGCCACUCAGCCUACAAACCCCCAGCUGCCCUCACACAUCUCCGAACAAACCAGAGACUUCCUGCGCUGCAUCUUCGUGGACGCCAAAUACCGACCCAGUGCAGAGGAGCUGCUUAGACAUCCCUUCUCCCAAAUCCUGUGCUGAGGAGACCCUCUAUUCAUCAAGCUGCAGGUUACAAACCCCCAGCAGAACAAAAAAAAACAUAGAAUAGCUUCAUUUCAGAGGCAGUCUGCUUUUCCAGAGCAUGUGACCUUCCAGCACCCAAUCAGCUGUCAGCUGGAUUAGGUCACAGAACUGGUUUGUUGUUUGUGACAGCAGGGGGCGCUAGAGGACUCGUUUAUAUAUUUUUAAACUAGGAAACAGAUCAAUGGUGUUACAGAAUGAGCAGAUGCAACAAACAUGAUGCUGUCAGAGCUUCUUCGAACAGAACAACUGCCAAAUGUGCCUUCUAGUGCCAACAGGGUCAAUCUGUCUGACCCUUGAAUGAGUUUUUCAGAUAUUUAAGAACGUCUCCUAUUAAUGAAUGUCCACAAUGUCAGUGUUUGACGUGUCAUUUCCCCUUCCACAUGGACUCCCCAUGUGCACCCAUUGUCUAUGGCACUUAGUGUUAAAGGAAAAGUAAUAAUAGUCUUGAUGGGUUCCUGCCUCAGAAGCGUGAGGGUCUUAUGCACGUCGUGGUUAAGCUUAUGUAUUGAUUAGUCUUUGUGGAAUUGCACUUCCUUGAUUUGUUGUUCAUAACAACCAUUUCAAUCUGUUACAGAAAGCAGCUUAUUCUCGUACUUGAUGUCAGAGGGCGAGGGUCAGGUCAUGAGGUUAUAGUGUUAUAGCGAUCGGUUUUGUUGUUGGACUUAGUGUUGUACCAUAGUAGUGCCUUCUAGUGUCCUGUAGAGAGCAGCGGGACAGUACUUAAGAUGCAGCUAUAAGCUCCUACUAAUAGUGUUUCCAUUGCCAUCAGUCAAAUUGGGAAUUUCAUAUGGGUCAAUUUGGGUGUGUCGAGCACAUUAGAAUGUAUGGUGGUUUUUUCUUCCGCCCAGCCAAAGAAAGCGUAUUAAUUAAGUGUUGUGCCUUAAGCGUCGUAUGACUUUUAUGAUGCACUUUUAUUAAAUGAAUGUUGAAUUUACCAAAUUGUUCGUUUGUUACGCAGAAUGUGAAGCUUUUUUCACUUUUAUUUAUAUCCCAAUGUUCAGCCGUUUUUAUAUACGAUUAUCUAUAUAUAUAUCUAUAUGUAUAAAUCUAUUUUUCUAUAGUGACUCUGAACCGAGUUAUGCUUUUAGGAACGAGAAACGAGAAACAAGCAGCUGGUUUUGCAGAGACUACAACAUGAUUUUACAUGUGUUUAUUUCUGGCUGGAAAUUGAGCCCUGGUGAUUUCGCUCUGUGCAAGUCAGAAGUUGUUUUUUAGGUGUUUAUUAUGUGUGUCUGUUUUGGUUUGUCUGCUUUUCCCCAUGGAUUUUGGAGAAUUGCAUGCAGGCAGGAUUUUGCAAGUGACCAGUGCCUUGAAUUGUUCUCAGAAACGCAUGUACACACAGAUUUUCACAGUUUUGCCAUUUAGGAAGGGCUUGCACAGAUAUAUGCCUUAGUGUAUUUCAAAUUGCAAUGUUGGAAAGAAAAGGAAGAGGUGUAAAAGAAAGAAAAUGUUGUGGAAAAAGGGAGUGUUGUGUGCACCACUGUUUAAAGUUUGAGGUCAGUAUUUUAUUGACAUUAAUCAUUAAGCAAAGGUGAAUUAUUAUCAUUCAUUCAUUUUCUUUUCGGCUUAAUUCCUUUACUAAUUUGGGGUCGCCACAGCGGAAUGAACUUCCAGCUUGUCCAGCAUAUGCUUUACGCAGUUGAUGCAGCUGCAACCCAACACUGGGAAACACCCACACACUCUCAGUC